AUGUCGCCCAUCGGCUUCAACACAGACGACAUUCCCCUCCAGUCGCUCGACAUUCCUCGUCGCGACAUGUCUCCGUCGCCGUUGCUUCUGCCGUCGCCCGCGUUUGAACGUGAGCUCGCCUCUCUGUCUUUGGCCCUGGCCGCCUCGUCUCCAUCGUUCUCGGACCAGACCUUUGUCUCCGCUCCUGAACGGCCUUCCUGGUCGCCCCUCCCGUCGCCUUCGCUCUCGUCUCUGGUGCCCCGUCCUCUGUUUGCAGCCCCCAUUUUCUCGCCUCGUUCGCCAAUGUUCCGCCUGGCUCAGCCCGCUGUUGCCCGCGAGUCGCUCGUCUUCCGUCGCCGCCAGAUCUACCUGAACGUCUACGCUCCUCCGGCUGUUGUGGUCCCCGGUCUCCCCAAGUUAGACAAGGUCAGUAAGCCCCGUGCCCUUUCUCCCAAGUCCCAGGCCGCUUUUCGCGCCCGGCGCGAAGCCGAAGAUGCGUUGAUUAUGCCACCGAUUCUGUACACGCCGCCGCCGCAGCCGCAGCCGCACAUAGUCUCUCCCUUCCGGCAGGACUACAUUCACAGCUUCAAGCCGGACCUUCCGGCCCACCUUUGUGAGUCCCCUGCGGCUAUUUCUCCGAGGGCUGCUGCCCCCGUUGCGACCUCUCUGCCUCUGCCUUUGUCGUCUUCUUCGACGUCCGCUUCGUCUCCGUCGCCCCGUCCGCUGCUCGAGGAGCGCACGUCCCCGAUCCCCAUCCCAGGUGCUCGUCGCCGGCCAUUCCCCCCAGUCCGCCGCACGUCUGUUCUCUUUGACCGUCCUCCUACCCGGGCUGAUUACGACUCGGACUCCAGCUCGUCCGCCUCUUCUUCCUUCAUCUACGAGUCGCCUCGCCGCUACCCUCGAUCGCCCGACCCUAAACUCCUUGGUCUUCCUCAAUUCCCCAUUGAGCCCGACUCGUCGGACCAGGAAAGUGAGGAGUAG